GCAAUUCUAAUUUCAGGGUCUGGAGUUCACCAUUUGAAGAAUUGAAAUGAAGAAACCCGAGUCUGCAGUUGCUACUUCGAAUAAGAUCAAAUUCGAUGACGGGGACAGCCACGAAUCUUCAUCCGAAGAGUUUGAAUAGGAGGAAGAGAUUGAGCGUGAGCUUGCUGAUGUGACAUUUGAAGAGCUCUUGAGAGCACGGUCUGAUGGAUCGGAGAUGGUGUACAGGAAGUCCAACGCAGAGAAAAAGAGCAGUCGAGCAAAUAAGAACAGGCCUAUGGAGAUGAGCAGCAAGAAGCCGGUCAGCAGAUUCAGAGAAGUCAUCCAAGUUCCUAAAAGAGUGGGACGUGAUCCUCGUUUUGAAUCAUUGUGUGGCAAACUUGAUGUUGAGGGGUUUAAGAAGAGAUAUGAUUUUAUCCAAAAGAAUGAAUUGCCUGCUGAGAAAGAGGCACUAAAGAAAAAGAUGAAAGAAGAAAAAGACCCAGAAGUCAUAAAUGAGCUCAAGGAUCGUAUGGUUCAGAUUGGUAGGGAAUUGAAGUCUGCAGUAACAAAGCAUACCAAUAAGGAAAUUAUAGCUGAGCACAAGAAGAAAGAGAGAGAAGCUGCUAAGAAAGGGAAACGACCUUAUUAUCUGAAAAAAUCUGAUAUUAGGAAGCAAAAGCUUAUCCAAAAGUAUGAGGAACUCAAGGGGACUGGCAAACUCGAGUCUUUUCUUGACAAAAAAAGAAGGAAAAAUGCUGCAAAAGACCACAGGUACAUGCCAUAUCGACGUCCCGCAGAGCAAUGAAGCGAAUAUCAUUUAUAGUUCUAUUGGGGUUUGGGACUGUGCAAGCAUAUUUUGGUGGGCUGAUCAGUGCAGACAGCUAUACACCAAGAUAAUUAGGAUGGCCAGUUCUGUGUUUAAUGAUGAACAGGUCUAAGAAUCUGAAACUUUUUAGAUUAAGCACAUAUAGGUCCAGGUGUUUAGCCUAAUUUAGUUGUUCUGAUUAUAACGUUGGCCUUCUUCCUUUUCAAUUAGUUUCAUUCGUAACUUCGAGACAGUUGCAUAUUAUGAGCAUGUUUGGUAGGGAUUGUAAUCCAAUUAUUAUCAAUUUUUUGACCGUUAUUUCACUAUUCUA